UGCUCUGCGCGAGGAAUCUGACAGUCCAAGAUGGCGGCGAUAUCCGCGCUGAAGACGAUUUGUUGAACUUUUGUUCAAACAUAUUUUUCUCUGACAAAACAGUUAGUUAGUGGGUUAGUGAGUGAGUGAGUGAGUGAGUGAGUGACAGCGUGAACAGUGUCUCUGCGUGGAACCGUCGUGAUGAAGGAGUGUCUGUCUCUGCUGCACAGACUCAGCGCUCACCCGGACUCUCGCUGCUGGUUCAUCAGCUGGAAUAGUUCCGGAACUCUGCUGGCGUCAUGUGGAGGAGACAAAGUGAUCCGGAUCUGGGGAAGAGAAGGAGACGCGUGGGUUUGUAAGAGUGUCCUGGAGGACGCUCACCAGCGCACAGUGAGGAAAGUGGCCUGGUCUCCGUGUGGAAACUAUCUGGCCUCUGCCAGCUUUGAUGCAACCACGUGUAUCUGGAAGAAGAAGAACAACGACUUUGAGAGUCUCACCGUGUUGGAAGGUCACGAGAACGAGGUCAAAUGUGUGACGUGGGCUCCGUCAGGAAAUCUGCUGGCGACGUGCAGUCGAGACAAAAGCGUGUGGAUCUGGGAAGGUGAGUGUGUCACACUUGUGUGACCGUGUUCAAACGUCAAACAUGUGGUGUGGCAUCCAACACAAGAGCUGUUGGCUUCAGCCAGCUACGACAACAACAUCUGCAUUUACAGAGAAGAGGACGACGACUGGGAGUGUCAGGCCACGUUACACGGACACACGUCCACCGUGUGGAGUUUGUCCUUCGACGCGUCCGGACACAGAUUAGCAUCGAGCAGCGACGACCGCACCGUCAAGAUCUGGAAGGAGUUUCCAGGUGAAGCUGCUCACGGUGAUUUGUCGUGGAAGUGUGUUUGCACUCUGUCUGGAUUUCACACGCGGACAGUUUACGACGUCGCCUGGUGUAAACUGACCGGCGCUCUGGCGACGGCGUGCGGUGACGAUGGCGUCCGAGUCUUUAAGGAGGACGAGUCGUCAGACCGCGAUCAGCCGAUCUUCUCGUUGGCGGCUCAGGUGAAGAAGGCUCACGAUCAGGACGUCAACUGCGUCGCUUGGAACCCUCAGGAGGCGGGGCUUCUGGCCACCUGCAGCGACGACGGAGACAUCGCCAUCUGGAGGUUUCAGGAGGAAGAGUAGACGCUGCGCUUCCGUCCAACUGCAGCCACUGAAGGAAAGACACGGCCACUUCCAGCAAAACAUGCUUUUAUCCUUGUUACCCACAAUCCAAAUAAAUGAAACUUUAUGAAGAAAAA